AUUUUCUCAGACAAAUUGAAAUUUUACAUUUUUUUCUCAUGAAAUGCAAUAAUUGAUAUCGCUGCACUCAACUAUCCUCCAAUUGUCUACGUCAAUUGAGGUCAAUUACAGUUAAUAAACGAAAAAAAAAACGGUAGUUUAGGUGCAAGUCAAUAUGGUAGAAACAUUAAAUUUUUUAUUUAAUCGAGUACUAUUAAUAUACUGGUCUUAGGAUCGCAAUCGAAGGAUUAAUGAGUGUUAAUUAUUGCUCUGAUGUCUCAACGAGGGAAAAAGUUAGAAUUUCACGUAAACUGACAGUUUAUAAAACUGUUUCGCUAAAAAAAAUAAAAAUAAAAAUAAAAAACCGCUAAGAAGGUUGACAAGUCAUAUAAUGAGACUUUGGUUCAUCGUAAAAAAGCCGUCCAAUCGAGAUAAAAACCGUCCAGGAAGUUGAAGAUGCUACAAGCAGUGCGUUUGCUGACGGAAUUGGCGAGACCCAGUGAUCGUCGUGAGAACGACAACAUGGAGCCUGCACAAGCAUCCUCGAGCGAGGUAUCGAUGCAAUUCCGCGAGAUAUACAAGAAUGGAUGGCUUAGGAGAACCGACAAGACUGACAAGGAGAUGAGUCGUUUCUGGGUGGCAUUUUGUGUUCACGAUGACACCGAGCCCAGACUCGAGGGUUUCUCUGAUCAAAAACAAGCAACAACUCACUCACCCCUCUGGGCCAAUUCACUCCGUGGUAUUCAGCAUAUUUCUCCAACACUGUGUGCUACCUCCAGGCACGAUUACGAAUUCUGUCUUAAUUUCAACGACGAUAGAUUACUACGAUUGGCUGCGCCUACUUAUCAAGGGAUGCUCGAUUGGGUGCAGCUCGUUACGAGGAAACUCACAGAUAUGAAGAUUCUCAGACCAAAGGAGAAUGUUUACUCGAGAGGUCCCGAGAGGAUAGCCACGAGAGAUCCAACCAGUCCACUACCACCACCACCAUUGCCUUCUGGCACCCAGGCCCCUAUUCCUCCAACGGAUUCACCUCCGAGUGGGCCAAGCACUUCGAGUCCUCCCAGAGAGCCACUUGAAACGCCUCCCAUGGUCUUUACUUUUGAGGACAUCUCUAUUGAGGAUCGGCGAAGAUCUGUGCAAGCGCAAACCCAGAGGACUACACCCCCAACUCCAAGUCCCAGAGUUAUUCCCGCUGUGGCUAUCGAUCCAGGCGAAUCAGGCUAUGAGAGUAUCUUCAUGGCUUCGUCUUACUCUACUCCCAGUGAUUCCACCCGGAGCAGUGUGAGGGAACCGGUGGUACCUAGUCAAUCGGAAUCCUCCAAUGAUAGAUAUGCAGCGUUGAUGGAAUACAGGAGUUCGGGGCCUUCGGAAAAUGCUCGGGAGACUGGUCGAGCUGUGGCAAGUGCCAGGGCGGGUAGUACUGAGGCGAGGUCAGGAGGAGCUAGUGCUCCCAGACAGUUAACUCUCAGGGAGCAGCAAAUAUAUCAGUUGAAAAGAGAGAUGAAUCAUCGGGCUGGAGUUAGGCUGCAGUUAGGGAGAAGAGACUGUAAAGACAGCAUUGCAUUUGUUGAUAGCUUUGGAUCCAUUUGGAUUGCUGGAUGGAAGCAAAAAGAACAUCCAUUUCUCUACAAUGUUCUUCAUGUCGGGGAUAUGGUGAUCAGCGUAGCGGGAAUUUCCCCACCAAAUGCGGCAACAAUUCGUGACAUCAUGAAGGGAAUCACAACGCCACGUGUAGAGGUGAUCGUCCGUCGUUUACCAUACGCCCAAGCGCUGACCUUGACCAAACGAACAGAUACUGAAGAUUUCGGCCUUGAAGUUAAUGGCAAUGAGGUAUCCGGAGUCUCGGGGGUCGCUCUAAACCUUGGAUUAUCGCCACUGGCCGAAGCGACUGAUCCUACAGCUCCUGCGGGCUCCAACACCACCUGGACACUCACGGAGAUCAAUGGAAGACCGUUGAAUAUAUUCGACGGUGGUGCAGCUGAGCGAUUACGAGCUGUUGGUCGUGAUAUUUCCAUUGUCAUACAACCGACAGACCUCGUAUCCUCGUUGCGUAAAAAAUUACGUGCUAUGCGCAGCUAUAAGAAUUUUAUUCUACAGUGAAUUAUUAUUAUUAUCAAUUGAAAAUGAUUUUUUAAAUUGAUCGGCAUUGUCAAUCGCGACCAAGUCCGACAGUUCGAUAUGACAGCUACAUCACAAAGAGAUGAGAUGAAGGAGAGAAUAUAUGCUUAUCUGUAGAGCAAAGCGUAUACUGUGAUAAUUUAUACGUACGCAUGUGUAAUGUGUUGGCAGGUAACACGAGAACGUACUAAUGUUUUGAUAAAUAAAUGUAACGGCAGAUUGAAAGGACCAAUGGGGAGGACAGUUAAUAAAAAUUCAUCACUUUAAAUUUUCACAGAAUUAAUUCAUUUGGCGCUGAUUUAUUGCAAUAAAAAAUUACAGUUUGUUCGGACGAUUAUGUGCAUUGGAGAAACCGGUUUUCGCAAUUAUCAUUGCAUUGGGAAUUCAAAUUCGUCCGUAUUAUUUUAAGUGAGAUUUGAGUGAGAAAUUUGAUAAUUGGAAAUGUGUCCACACCAAAUUGUAAAAAGUACUCCAGUUCUUUCAUCAUUAUGCUCAUGUAUUAAAAAUGUGUUAUUUCUAUCAGAGUGAUUGUGUUAUUACCACUCGAGGGAUUUGAUGGACUGAUAAGUUGGACUAUUUGGAGAAUAAAAUUGUUUAUACCACUGCCUGAAGGCUUUCACUCUUUUAUCUUCAGGAAGAAGAAUGGCAUUUUUGAUGAACUCCUUGUGGUUCCAUACUGUUAUAUCCCUCUCGAACAUGAAGCACUGACCCAAGAAGAUGAUUUUGCCGUAG